UUUUUUUAUUUUUUAUUUUUUAUUUUUUUACAAUUUAUACGGUAAAAUAUUUUAAAUCUCAAAAUAAAGCGUCAUAACGAUUUUUUUUUCCUUUUUUUCUUUUUAAGGUUCGUCAACUAAUGUGUUUUUUGCUCUUUAGCAUCAAGCUUAAUGAAUCCCUAUAUAAAUCAAGGCCAUCAAAAUAAUAUCUAUUUUCAAAAUGCAUAUGGGCAGUUGCAACUUCAACAACAACAACAACAGCAGCAGCAGCAGCAGCAGCCUCAACAGCCUCAACAACCUCAACAACCUCAACAACCUCAACAACAGAAUUUCAUGAAUAAUCUACCUCCUGAAUUACAGACUAUGGUUAAUGGAUUUCCACUUCAGAAAAUAGACGCAGCAACAACAGCAACAACAAUAAAUAAUCCCUUGAUGCAACAGCCUCUUGAUGAUCCUAUAAUGGCAAAUAUGAUUGCUAAAAGGCAAAUGUAUGGUGGUGUUCAACCACAGCCACAGCCACAGCCACAGCUACAACCACAACCACAACCACAACCAACGCAACAGCAGAUACCAUCUAUUGCAGGAUCCCCAGCAGUUUCGUCUAUGGGGCUCCAAAGUCCACAACAACAAAGCCCAAUGAUUUCUAAUAAUCAGCAACAGCUUCAACAGCAACAGCUCCAACAGCAGCAGCUUCAACAGCAGCAGCCUUCCAACUUUGUUAGAACUCAACAAUGGAACAAGCAGCCUUUGAUGCAAGCCAUAAAUAGCCAGCAACAACAACAACAACAACAGCAACAGCAACAGCAACAGCAACAGCAACAGCAAUUUAUGAUGUUACAACAGCAACAACAAUUAUUAAGAAAGCAAAACCCUAUGAUGGCUAAUAAUAUACCUAAUACUACUGUUACUUCUUCUAUUAAUAUGAAUAAUAUUGAAUCUCCAAUGUCAAAUAUAAUGAGUCAACCAGCUACUAUAGAUGUGACAGCUGAAAUGAAAAAGCAAACAAUAAAUGAUUCAGAUAUAACCUCCAAACGAGUUGAAGCUAUUUUAGCUUUAAAUCUUGAAUUAAUUCGUUUAUGUAUUGAAAGUCAACGUACUGGAAGCAACUUGGAAUCUAAUAUGACAAUAUACCAAGCCAAGUUGCAAUCCAAUUUAACCUAUCUUGCUACCAUGGCUGAUAUUUCUAUGGUCAAACCAGGAGAAAUAUCUUUAUUAAUAUACACACACAUUAGAACUUUAAAGUACCUCCACCACCAGAUCUUUCUCCUUUACCUCCACCAAAAUCAGAUAUAGCGAAAAAAGUUCAUGAAUUGUUGAAUAUAGCUCAGGGAUUAUUUGAAGAUUCAGGCAAUAAGGAAUCAGAUUCACCGUCAUUAUCUUCGCUUCAACAUAAUAAUAGUAAUAGGAAUAGCAAUAACAAUAACAAUAAUAAUAGCAAUAGUAAUAGUAAUAGUAACAGCAACAACAAUAAUAAUAAUGGCAAUAGUAAUAACAAUAGCAAUAGUA